CUUAAACGGUACGUUUCGUUAGCUCAUAAACUCUGAGAAAGUCUGAACCGCGAAGCUUCAGGGCGCAAUAGAAGAGGGGAUCCAAAGACAUGCAUACGGUGCGUUUCGACUGUGAGAUUGAUUUUGGAACCAAUAAGCAACCAUUUAAGGUAUAAGCAAGAAAAAAAAAUCUGAAAGCUUAAAGAGUAUUGAGAAUGGUGGAGAGUUGUAUUAGUAAUAAGAUAUAUAGUUACAAACAUGAAUGUAAGUGGCCUAAUUCUGAGGCGGCUGAUGUGCACAGUAUCAUCGUUCGAAAGAGCCGUUCAAAGGGUUUCCUCGUAUUCUUCUCGGCUCUUCUUAUUUUAGCAAAUGCCAUUCUUCUUUUCCUUAUCAAGGAUAAAUCAAUUGCCGUUGUUUUUUGGAGCUUUAUUUGGGAUGCAUUAAUUGUCAAGCUCUUGCUUCAGAAGCCUGUUGAGAAAGAGUCUGUUGUGAUUAUGCCAGCUUUAGGAGUUCAACUUGAAACUCACUAUGUAAGUGGUAACAUUAUCCGUCGCUUUGUACCCAUUGACAAGAUCUUGAAACCUGUACUAUUAGAAUGCGUGACCCCUGUUACUUGUUACUGGAGCCUGUCAUUGAUCGUACAGGAAGAAGCAGAAUUGAUGUUAGUUUUUAAGGAAUUACGCCCACCGGUGAAAAUGCUAGUCCCCAUCUGGAAGGCCUUGUGUGCUGCCACUGGUAGUGAAGGAAGCCUCAAUACAUUUACUGAAGAUGGGCCAUGCUGUUGAAAGAUUUUAUUUUAUUUUAUUUUAUCAAGAGCUGUGGUAGACUUCAAUUGGCAGGGACCUUUCUGUGGGCUGAUGCAUUAUAUAUUCACAUUUUGGGAUGAGUGGAUAAAAUACAUGCUUUUCGGGAUCGAUUAAUGCAUGUGUAGUCAAUUCAACUAACACAAUGUGUAUAGCAAAGGGAUGAAAUUUCACAGCAUUGAAGAUUAUGCGGACAGAAGCAUGGCAUAUUUUCUUUGUAGGAUUACUGGACGUCUUUAUCAAAAUCAAUGUAUUUAUUUGUACUCAUUUCAAUAUAUACUAUUUGUUUUUCA